AUGUGUUCUACCACCGUGGGUGAGAACGUGGUCUCUUUUCGUGCCACCAACAAGAACAAGGCUCAAAAAUACUGUGAUGUCUAUGGUGAUUUAAAAAAAGAAGGCCCCAUAGCAACAAUGACUACCGCGGCUGGAGCACCCAUUGAACAUAAAGAGGCUACAGUUACUUUGAACAAACGUUUGAUAUUUAAUGAAUAUUUCAUGGACACGAUGACACACUUGGUAAGGGAGCGAAUCCCAGAACGACUGGUGCACGCAAAGGCUGGCGGUGCAUUUGGUUAUUUCGAAGUUACACAUGACAUAUCCGACAUCUGCAAGGCUAAAUUAUUUAGUAAAGUAGGCAAGAAGACGCCUAUCGCAGCUAGGUUCUCGCCAGUUGUUGUUGAGCGAGGUGGCAUCGAUACUUCAAGAGACGCCCGAGGAUUCGCUCUCAAAUUCUACACAGAAGACGGUAUCUUCGACAUAGUUGGUUUUAACACCCCCAUGUAUGUCUACAAAGACCCACUUCUGUUUCCCACUUUCGUACGAGCACAGAAAAGGAACCCAGCGACGAAUUUGCUAGAUCCAAACAUGCUUUGGGACUUCCUGACGCUACGUCCAGAAAGUUUGCACAUGUUUCUACUAGUAUUUGGUGAUCGAGGAAUCCCAGACGGCUACAGACAUAUGCCCGGUUUCGGUAUACACACUUUCCAAGUUGUAAAUAAACACGGCGACAGUUACUUUAUCAGGUUCCACUUUAAACCUGACGCAGGCAUUAAAAAUUUACGAUCAGAAGAAGCAAGAAAGUUAGCGGGAACUGAUCCAGAUUAUGCCACUAGAGAUUUAUACCGAGCUAUCGGGGAAGGACACUUUCCAAGUUGGACUGCCAGCAUUCAAGUCCUAAGCGAGGAAGAUGUUAAAGAUGCAGAUUUUGAUGUAUUUGAUGUCACCAGAGUUUUACCCUUAGACAAGUAUCCUCUAAGACCAUUGGAAAUUGAGCAGUUAGCCUUCAGUCCUGCGAACUUGGUGCCCGGUAUUCUCGGAGGACCAGACAAAGUAUUCGAAGCUCGACGUUUAGCUUACAGAGACGCCCAGUACUACCGUUUGGGUGCAAACUUUUUCAACAUACCUGUAAAUUGUCCUUUGCAAAAUAAGGCUUUCCCAUACAAUCGUGAUGGUCCGCCUCCUGUUAAAGACAAUCAGAAAGAUAUACCUAAUUACUAUCCCAAUUCAUUCCACGGCCCUGUUCCCUACAAAGAUAAGGAUAAUGUUGAAUUGAUAGAGAUCCACCAAGACCAACCGGAUAAUUUCGAACAAGCUCGAGAGUUAUACACCAAUGAAAUGGAACCUGAAGAAAGACAGAGAUUAGUGGAAAACAUUCUGUACAGUUUGGGUCCUGCUACAAAAUUUUUGCAAGACCGAGCAGGACCUAUCGCCAUCAUGACCACUGCUGCAGGUGCACCGAUUGAAUACCAAUUCACAAUUAGCUUGAACAAACCAUUGUUAUACAAUGAGUUUUUAAUGGACAGUUUAACGCAUGCCACUAGGGAAAGAAUACCAGAACGCGUUGUUCACGCCAAGGCCGCAGGAGCGUUCGGGUAUUUUGAAGUAACUCACGAUAUAUACGAUAUAUGCAGGGCGAAGUUAUUCAAAUUAGGUGAGAAGACGCCCAUAGCUGCUAGAUUUUCUUUGGUGAUCACUGAACGUGGCGGGAGUGACACGGUAAGAGACCUCCGAGGAUUUGCCGUGAAAUUUUAUACUGAAGACGGGAACUUUGAUAUAGUUGGACUUAACACACCCAUGUACGCCUACAAAGACCCCAUACUAUUCCCCACGUUCGUACGAUCACAGAAAAGAAACCCAGCGACAGACUUAUAUGAUCCCAAUACAUUGUGGGACUACCUAACCAUUAACCCAGAAAGUUUCCAUUUGUUUUUACUAUACUUCAGUGAUCGAGGAAUUCCAGACGGCUAUCGACAUAUGCCUGGAUUUAGUAUUCACACGUAUCAAGUUGUCAAUAAUCAUAGUGAGAAUCACUUCGUCAGGUUUCACUUCCAACCAGACGCAGGCAUCAAAUAUAUAUUUGCAGAGGAAGCAAGGCGGUUAGCAGGUACUGAUACGGAAUAUGCAACCAGAGAUUUAUACAACGCUAUCGGAACUGGCAACUAUCCUAGCUGGACGGCAAGUAUACAGGUAUUGACUGAGAGUGAUGUUAAAAAUGCAAGCUUCGAUGUAUUUGACGUUACAAAAGUAUUGCCUCAGGAAAAGUACCCCUUAAAACCGUUAGGGCGUCUCGUUUUGAACAGGAAUCCUAUAAAUUAUUUUGCCGAAAUUGAGCAGUUGGCUUUUUGUCCUGCGAAUUUAGUUGAUGGUAUUCUUGGAUCACCAGAUAAGGUGUUUGAAGCUCGACGUUUGGCUUACAGAGACGCUCAGUAUUACCGUUUGGGUGCAAACUUUCUGAGAAUCCCCGUUAACUGUCCCUUGCGCCAUAAAGCGUACCCAUACAAUCGUGAUGGUGUGCCCCCUCUGAAUGAUAAUUUAGGAGACAUACCCAAUUACUAUCCUAAUUCAUUCAAUGGACCCGUUCCAUAUGUAGAUAAUAAUGUUGGUAAACUAAUAGAGAUAUAUGAAGACAAACCGAAUAACUUUGAUCAGGCUCGUGACUUGUACAUGAAUGAAUUCAGUGUGGAAGAGAAAAAGAGAUUAGUGGAGAACAUAGUGUAUAGUUUGAAAAAAGCAACCGGUUUUUUGCAAGAACGGGCUAUAAAGAUAUUUAGGCGGAUACAUCCUGAGCUUAGUGUGAAGGUGGAGCGAGCUCUACGGAACGCGACAAUGAACUGCCACUGUGACGAUAACUAA